AUGGAGUCCGUGGACUUGGUGGUCAUUGGCGCAGGCUGGAGCGGGCUCGUCGCCGUCAAGACCUACCGCGAGGUCAACCCCAGCAGCAAUGUACUGCUUUUGGAAGCCGCCAGUUCUAUCGGCGGGGUCUGGGCCAAGGAUCGGCUGUACAAAGGUCUCAAGUCGAAUAACAUGCUGGGGACCUACGAGUUUAGUGACUUCCCCAUGGACGAGAAGACCUUUGACGUCCACACAGGCCAACACAUCCCCGGCGAGGUCAUUCAGCAAUAUAUGGAGGCUUAUGCAGCCCACUUCGACUUCGCCGACCGCAUUCGGCUGGAGCAUCGCGUGGAGAGCGCUCGGCAUAACUUAGAUGGCACAUGGCAGCUAGCUAUGUUGCAUGGAGGCAAGACCACAAUCAUCGAGACUACAAAACUGAUUGUUGCCACGGGGAUCACGUCGCAAGCAUAUCUGCCGACGUUUUCGGGCCAGGCGAGCUUUGGUGCACCGCUCUUCCACUGUCGCGAUCUACUGCAGAAUGAGACGAAGAUCUUCCAACCCGGUCAGCGUGCAACAGUGUUCGGGGGCACCAAGUCGGCAUGGGAUGCGGCCUACGCGUGUGCUACGGCGGGAAUGCAGGUGGACUGGGUCAUCCGCGAGUCCGGCCACGGUCCAGUCUGGAUGGCACCACCAUACGUGACCCCGUUGAAAAAGUGGCUAGAAAAACUCGUCACGACACGCUUUCUGACCUGGUUCAGUCCCUGCAUUUGGGGAGACGCGGAUGGGUACACGCGUGUGCGCAGCUUUUUGCACGGCACUUGGCUGGGACGCAAGAUCGUGGAUUCGUUCUGGUCGGUUCUGGCGAACGACGUGGUGCAGCUCAACGGCUACGACAAGCAUCCGGAAAUGAAGAAGCUGAAGCCGUGGGUGAGCCCGUUCUGGAGCGCCACGUCCAUCAGUAUCCUCAACUACCCGACCGACUUCUUCGAACUGAUCAAGAACGGCACCAUCAAGGUGCACAUUGCCGACCUGGACCGGCUCUCCGACCACACAGUGCACUUGUCCACGGGUGAGACGCUACAGACGACGGCCUUAAUCUGCUCGACGGGCUGGCGCUCCACACCCAACCUGCAAUUUCUGCCAGAGGGCAUCGAGCGCGAGCUAGGGUUCCCGUGGAGCACCGACCCGUUGGAUGAUGCGCUCGUUCAGGCCGCCGACGAGGAGAUCCUGCGUCGUUUCCCACGGCUUCGCGAUCAGCCGCGACCAAAUCCUCAGUUUCGCCCCCUUGAUGACCAGGCAGAGGCAGCCGUACCGCACCCAUUCCGGUUGACGCGGUUCAUGGUACCGCUGGCUUUGCUCAAGGAGCGCUCACUAGCCUUUAUGGGUGUGACCAUGAACUUCAACACGACCCUGGUCGCACAAGCCCAGGCAUUGUGGAUCACAGCCUAUUUUGGGGGUCAGCUCACGCCCGCUGCCGUCGAGCGCUGCCCACCUGCAUUGUGCGCGGCCAUCUCGGAUGGCAAGGCUUCCGGAGAGGAUUCCGAUUUGGAUCUCGCCUGGGAGAUUGCCUUGCAUUCGGAGUUUGGCAAGUAUCGCUAUCCGGCGGGCUUUGGUCGCCGUAACCCAGACUUUGUGUUCGAUGCCAUUCCUUAUAUCGACUUCCUGCUCCGCGAUCUGGGUCUGUCGCAUGAGCGCAAGCAGGGCCUGCUGGCGCAAUGCUUCCAUCCGUACGGCACCGAGGAUUACCGUGGUCUGCUAGAUGAGUGGAAGAAGACCCAGAUGAACUAG